AUGGUCUUCAACUACACAUUGCAGUGUAUUGUAGCUGUAAAAAAUGGCGUGUACGGCUGGUCGAACGAGGGAUCAUUAUUGCAAAUAACACAGAAAAAACUGAAAAUAAUUAAAGUGUAUGGAUCAAAAAUCAAGCAUUUUACGUUCAUAAAACCUACAAAUGAAACUGUGGCUACUAUUAACGAUAAAAAUAUUUUGCAAGUAUGGAAUGUGUUGACCGGAAAAAUUAAAUGCAAGAUGGUUCUAAACGGGAUUGCAACGUAUUUGUGUAGUAAUCCGUUUUACCACUAUAUUUGCAUUACGUUUAAAAAUGGCAAAAUGGAAUUGCUGAAGACUGAUCCCAAAAUAAACGAAAUAGAGUGCAUUACAAAAAUAGUGCUAUGUGAUGAAGACUUAUCUUCUGUAAAAUUUUUCUCUGAUGGAAACACUUGUAACGUCACUAGUUUUCCCACUGGCCGAUUUUUUUAUAUAAGUAUUAAAUUGGGGCAGACAUGUUCAGUGGUUAGAGAACAUCAAUUAGGAAAGCACGUUAUUGAUAUUGAUAUAAUCGACCAUAAACAAUUGUCGUUUUUAACAGUAUUAUAUACAGAUCAGAAAAAUUCUGAAAAUGCUGGAAAUAAUAUUAUAAUAUUUGAUUCAAACUUCAAAGUGAUUUUUAAGUUAAAAGAUACACAAUAUUAUUACAUAUCGGUAUUUAAAUGGAGUCCGUGUAACAUACCCGAUGCGAUAAACAUAGCAUUUUCUGUCUUGUUGUCAAAUGUUAUUCACUUGAUGACAAUAAAUAUCAUAAAGAAAAAAGUGUUGGAAUUACAAACUAUUCCAUUAGAUCGCCAAUUAAGAAGUAUUAAAACAUAUACAUGGGAAAAUCAUUGUAUUAUAUUUAGUCCUAAUGGCUCGUAUAGCCUUUAUGAAUUAGAUGAUGAUGGGCACUGGAAAAAAAUUGUUAUAGUAAACUGUAAUCAUUGGCUGUUUGGAUUGAUAGCGGCUGAAAUUGAUGAAAAUAUCCGUAACAUACUAACACUAAGUGAUCAAGGAAACUUCAUGUGUACAAAAUUAAAAGACAUUUUUCACCGGAAUAGACGGAUUAAUAAAGUCAAUACUCCAAAUAUUGUUGAAAAUUUUAAAACGGAAGGGAUUGGUUUUGAUGAUGGACUUGAACCUCAAAAACGUAUGACUUGGUCAAUGAUUAAUAAACAAGAGCAGUUAAAUGCAAGUAAAGAUGCAUACAGUAACCAAAAAUAUAAAAUAAUUCAAGAUUUUGAAAAAAUUAAAGCAAAACUUCUACAUUUAUUCGAAACAAACAUCAAUGGACCGGAAUACAUGCAAAUUAAUAUAGAAGAAUUUGAUUUAAAUAUAGAUUGUACACAAAAUUUCAGAACGAAGUGUAAGCUUGAACGUAAAGAAUAUGAGGAAAAAAAUUUUAGUGACAUCAUCAAUUUUAAAAAUGAAACUGAAAAUAUUAUAAAGGAAAAAUGGGAUACUGUCUUUAUCAAACCGAAAUCUAUACAUUGUUUAAAAAAUAUAUAUAAAGUAGACAAUUAUCCAAUAAGCAAAAUUGACCAAGAGAUCGCCAUAAAGGCAAAUAAAAUCAUAGAAGCUAGAAUAUAUAUAAGAGAUAUGUCAGAUCAAAUGUCCAUGGAUGUUCCAUUGUAUAAAGAUCCUUUAGAGAUAUUAAACCCUGAAACAAAUCCUGAAUUAAAUAAUAAACAAAAGAAUGAUAUAUCAAUGAUGGGUUCAAGGAGUUAUAAGUUUGUUGAAAUUAUUGACACUUUAAAUACCCAAUACAACUAUUAUAGAUUAGAAAUGACUGAAGAUGAAAAAAUUUUACUUCAAUUUAUGAUUAACAAAUUAAAACAUAGAUUUAAUCAACUAUUUGAUGAAUUAUUUAUUGAAAAACAACGGCAAUUGGAUAAUUUGAAGGAAUAUCAGGACAGAUUAAGUGUAAUUGAAACUGAAUUGCGGAUGGCAUGCAAAGUUGAACCUACUGGACCUUUGCCAGUGAAUUAUAAAUGGAAUAAAUAUGAACGAACCGAAACACUGCUAUAUGUCAAUGAUGAUGAAGUUACCGUUGAAAUGUUUGAUUUUACCAGUAACGAAAUGUCAACUAACAAAGAAAAAAACAGUAAAUUAGACAACUUUAAACAGCGGGCAUUGAUGAUUAUGAUGGACGGUGUGCUGGAAAAAAGAUGGGAAGAUGAGUUAAAAAAAGAUGUGCCUAAACCUCAAUGCAUGGUAUUAAAUAAAAAUCCUGAAGAAUUCACAGCUGAAGAUUUUAAGGCUAUAGAUAACUAUGAAAAACUAACCUUGACUUUGAACGAUGAAAGAAUAAAAUACAAAAAUAUUCUUGAAGAAGAAAAAAUUAAAAUCUACCAUCAUAUUGAACAGAUUAUUAUUGAAUUCGAUAACGAUGUAUUUACGCUGUUUCAAAAGAGGUUGAAGUAUAAUUCAGCUAUCGAACAGGAACAUUUAAAAAUGCUUAGGCUUUCAAAAAUGUUAAGUGAUAGUGAUCAACGAAAACAGAAAAUGAAAGGAUACAAUGAAAUCAUGUUGAAGUUAAAAGAAACUAUCAUGGAGAUUGAAGAAAUAAUUGAGGAAACGAAUAAAAAAAUAUCAAAAACCGAGCCAAAUUCUUUAUUUAGUAUUAUAGAAACAUUGAAUUAUAAAAACAACAAUCUUGAUAAACGUUUUAAAUCUGAGUUUCGAUCUAAGCUCAAAUACGAACAAGCAUUAAUUGCCUACAAUCGGAGACCUAAAAUGCAAGGCAAUAAAAAUUAUUCGUCAUUACUUGGUUACCAGUUUGUCGACACAAUUAUGAAUCCAACAUAUGAUAAGCUACAUAUUUUGACCACAGAAUUCGUUAAAUACUUAGAUACACUCAAUAUGUAUGAUGAUUAUAAAUAUGUAGAAAAUAAAGGUCUGAAUAUGAGCAGAGAAACUUGGCAUAAAGUAUGCAAUUUCAGACGUAUGAAAAUUGAAUCUGAAUUUAAUAUCAGUACUUGUCAAAAAGACGCAACAGAUAACGAUUAUUUAUUAGAAAGCUUAAAGUACAUUAAAAAAAAAAAGGAAGCUAUGAUUGAGGAAUUAAAUAUAUCUAAAAAUAGACUUGAAGAUCAAGAUUUAUAUUAUGAAGUUAAUCCUGAGAUUCAAUUAGUAGUAAAACAAAGAAACGUUGAAACUGUUUUAACAGGAAACUUCAGUGAUUUUGAAAAUACAUCACUUAUUUCUAAAAAUGCUAUAGAUGAAGUAAACGCAGAAAUUAAAGAAGUGGGUAAUAUUAAAAUUGAUGCUGUAUCUAAUUUACUUAGAUUUAAAUGUAAACAUCGAUUAUUAGAAUGGGAAUACGAGAUACUAAAAAAUCACAAAACUCAAUUGUAUACAUUCCGUUUUGAUUUUAUAAAAUCAAUGAAAAUAACCGAAAAUAUGUUAUACUAUUUCAAGUUCAAGUUAAAAGGAAUAAAUAUUACUGAACAAGCUAAACAAAAUUUAGGCAAAGAACUAUCUGCGAUUAAAUUUACUUACUCAAGAAUAAAAGAAAAUCUAAACCUAAAACUAAAUGAACUGUAUAAAAUUGCAAGUAAAACUAAAAAAAGAAACGAAAAGGUUGACAAAGAUAUUGACCAAAUGAAGUGGGAAUUAAAUGAAUUAAAAUGCCAUAUUAAGUUCGAUUUGAAUGAUAAACUGAUACAUCAUAGCGGUGAAAAGUAA